CGGCAAUAGGUCUCCGGGUGCGGCGGGAGGCUGGGGGAAGGAUUUCGGCGCGGGACGGUUGGGUCGGCGACCGGGGGAGGUGGCGGCUGGUGGGCCCGGGAGCCGGCAGUUUCGGUCUCGGCGGCUAAUCGGGUCUAGGCAGUAACAAUUGCUUCCAAUUCAGCACAAUAAGGAAGGGGAAGGCAUUUAAACAGUCAGGAUGAACCGGCCAAAAGCUGUAGCAAUUCGGCGGCCCAGCAGUGCCAAACCCAGUGGCCAUCCUCCACCUGGAGAUUUUAUAGCCCUGGGAUCGAAAAGUCAGGCCUCUGACACUAAGGCACCUGCUGCAUUGUUGAAGCCAACACAGGCAGGACUGCAGUCUGAUCGGAAACGAGAGGGAUCAUCAGCCUUGGCCUCAACCUCUGGCCUUUCAAAGCGUCCAAAGAUCUCUUCCACUCCACCAUUGAGUGCGCUAGGGCGCCUGGCAGAGGCUGCUGUUGCUGAGAAACGAGCUAUUUCUCCUUCAAUUAAGGAGCCAUCUGUUGUACCAAUUGAAGUCCCCCCAGCGACAUUGUUGGAUGAGAUAGAGGCUGCAGAGCUGGAAGGAAAUGACGACCGCAUUGAAGGGCUGCUUUGUGGAGCAGUGAAGCAGAUGAAGCUCAAUCGGGUGAAGCCAGACACAAUGCUGUUUCUCAGCCUGAUGUAUUUGGCCAAAAUCAAGCCCAAUGUCUUUGCCACAGAGGGUGUUAUUGAGGCCCUUUGCAGUCUGCUCCGACGAGAUGCUUCUAUUAAUUUCAAAACAAAAGGCAACAGUUUGGUUUCAGUGCUUACUUGUAAUCUCCUCAUGGCGGCCUACGAGGAAGAUGAGAACUGGCCUGAAAUCUUUGUCAAGGUGUAUAUUGAGGACUCCCUCGGUGAACGUAUUUGGGUGGACAGUCCCCAGUGCAAGACUUUUGUUGAGAAUAUUCAGACCGCUUUUAACACAAAGAUGUCUCCAAAAAGUAUGUUGCUGCAGGCGGACGGGGGCAGGAUUGGCAGUGACCUCAGUGCAGGUGGGAGUCCACAUCCAUCCACGCCAGACGACGAUGAUAAUCAAGCUGAGCUGCUCAUUGCAGAAGAGAAGCUGAGCCCAGACGUAGAGGCAGGCCAGGUGAUGCCCAGGUAUGAGGACUUGGCUGAGAGCGUGGAAGAUUAUGUAAUUGACAUGCUUCGUGAUCAGCUCAAUCGACGCCAGCCCAUGGAUAACGUCUCGCGGAACCUGCUGCGGUUACUCACUGCCACCUGUGGUUAUAAGGAAGUUCGCCUGAUGGCUGUUCAACGGCUGGAGAUGUGGCUGCAGAACCCAAAGCUGACCCGUCCAGCUCAGGACCUGCUGAUGUCAGUCUGCACCAACUGCUCCUCACAUGGAACAGAGGACAUGGAGGUUAUGUCGAAUCUCAUCAAAAUCCGCCUGAAGCCCAAGGUUUUGCUGAACCAUUACAUGCUCUGCGUAAAGGAAUUGUUGAAUGCCCAUCGAGAUAACCUGGGAACGCUGGUGAAGUUUGUCAUUUUUAAUGAGCUGUCAAAUGCACGAAACCCAAACAACAUGCAGGUCCUGUACACAGUGCUGCAGCACAACUCUGAACUGGCCCCUAAGUAUCUAGCUAUGGUGUUCCAGGAUCUACUCACCAAUAAAGAUGAUUAUCUUCGAGCAUCUCGAGCUUUGCUGCGGGAAAUUAUUAAACAAACCAAACAUGAGAUCAACUUUCCCUCCUUCUGUCUGGGCCUGAUGCAGGAGCGAAAGGAGCAGACAUAUCUAGAUAUGGAGUUUAAGGAGCGCUUUGUGAUUCAGGUCACAGACCUGCUGACCCUGUCGAUGAUGCUAGGGAUUACAGCUCAAGUGAAGGAAGCAGGGCUCGCAUGGGACAAAGGCGAGAAAAAGAACCUGGAAGGGCUGCGUGCAUUUCAGACUCAGAUUGCAACCAUCCAGCGAGAUGCUGUGUGGUGGCUACACACAGUGGUACCAACUGUCUGCAAGCUGAAUCCCAAGGAUUACAUCCAUUGUUUGCAUAAGGUGCUUUUCACCGAACAGCCAGAGACAUACUACAAAUGGGAUAACUGGCCUCCAGAAAGUGACAGAAAUUUCUUUCUUCGGCUGUGCUCUGAAGUCCCGCUCCUGGAGGACACACUGAUGCGGAUCCUGGUCAUUGGAUUGUCACGGGACUUGGCUCUGGGGCCGGCUGAUGCCAUGGAAUUAGCUGACCAUCUGGUGAAACGAGCUGCAUUGGUGCAGGCUGAUGAUCUGGAAGUUCUUCACGUGGAGAGGGUUCAGCUGAUUGAUGCAGUUCUGAAUCUCUGCACCUAUCACCACCCUGAAAACAUUCAGCUGCCACCAGGGUACCAGCCCCCUGCCCUGGCUAUUUCUUCCUUGUAUUGGAAGGCUUGGCUGUUAUUAUUAGUCGUAAAUGCCUUCAAUCCACAAAAUAUUGGUCUGGCUGCAUGGGAAGGUUACCCCACCCUGAAGAUGUUGAUGGAAAUGGUGAUGACAAACAACUUCUCUUACCCUCAGUGCACUGUGACAGAUGAGGAAACCCGAAAUGAAAUGAUCACCCGCGAGCUGCAGAUGUCGCAGAGAGAGAAGCAGGAGAUUUUGGCUUUUGAGAGCCAUCUAGCUGCUGCAUCAACAAAGCAGACUAUCACAGAAAGCAACAGCCUGCUGCUAUCGCAGCUGACCAGCCUCGACCCACAGGGUCCCCCCCGCCGGCCACCUCCACAUGUUCUCGAGCAGCUAAAGAGCUUGAAUCAGUCCCUACGCCUUGGCCACCUGCUGUGUCGUAGUCGCCAUCCUGACUUCCUGCUAAGUAUCAUUCAGAGGCAGGCUUCGUCUCAAUCCAUGCCCUGGUUAGCAGAUCUUGUACAGUCUAGUGAAGGGUCCUUGGAUGUGCUGCCUGUCCAGUGUCUGUGUGAGUUCCUGCUUCACGAUGCUGCUGAUGAGGUGGCCUCUACAGAGGAGGAAGAUGAGGGGGAGAGCAAAGAACAGCGGGCCAAGAAACGACAGAGACAACAGAAACAGCGGCAGCUCCUGGGCCGCCUGCAGGACCUCCUGUUGGGUACCAAAGCUGAUGAACAAACCACCUGUGAAGUGCUGGAUUACUUCUUGAGGCGCCUGAGCUCCCCACAAGUGGCCUCUCGCGUUCUGGCCAUGAAGGGAUUGUCUCUGGUACUGACUGACUCGGAGAGCAGUCUGCGGGACGUGGAGGAACGAGACCAGAUGAUGGAAGAGGACUCGAGUGAUGGUGAGCCACUCCCUGGAUAUCAGUGGCUGUUGCGGGAUCUUCCCAAACUGCCCCUCUUCAGCAGCGUCUGUAAGAUGACUUCCUUGGCCCUGCAGCAGGCGAUUCAUGUGGAGACUGAUCCCCAGACCAUCAGUGCCUAUGUCAUUUAUUUGUCACAACAUGCACCAGUAGAGGAGCAGGCUCAGCACAACGACCUUGCUCUGGAUGUUGCUCGCUUAAUUGUGGAGAGAUCCACCAUAAUGACCCACCUCUUUGCCAAGCACUCCUACAGAUCAGAGUGCGAGUCUGUGCUGGUGGCGCUCAUCGCCAUCUUCUCUCGAUAUGUGAAGCGGAUGCGGAAGACCAAGGAGGAUGAGGAGGUGUACAGCUGGUCUGAGUCCCAGGACCAGGUCUUCCUGCGUUGGACCACUGGGGAGACAGCUACCAUGCAUAUUCUGGUGGUUCACGCCAUGGUCAUCCUCCUGACGUUAGGUCCUCCUCAAGGUGAAAGUGAUUUCUACCACCUUCUUGAUGUGUGGUUCCCUGACAAGAAGCCACUCCCCACGGCAUUCCUAGUCGACACUUCAGAAGAAGCACUGCUUCUCCCUGACUGGCUGAAACUCAGGAUGAUUCGCUCAGAAGUAUCUCGAUUGGUAGAUGCAGCUCUCCAAGAUUUGGAGCCCCAGCAGCUGAUCCUAUUUGUCCAGUCCUUUGGAAUCCCAGUCUCCAGCAUGAGCAAGCUCCUGCAGUACCUGGACCAGGCUGUGUCCCACGAUCCUCAGACACUCGAACAGAACAUAAUGGAUAAAAAUUACAUGGCCCACCUGGUGGAAGUGCAACAUGAGAGGGGAGCUACUGGUGGCCACACCUUCCACACACUGCUCACUACCUCCCUGCCUCCAAACAGAGAAAAUGUAGAUCUCAACAGGCAAAGCUCAAGCAAUACAGCACCGCAGUGUCCCAUCCGAAUCAGGGGGCCAAUGCAGAUUCCUGUAAUUGGGCCAGAUGAAGAUUUGGCUGGGCUCUUUCUUCAGCUUUUCCCCAUGAAUCCUGACCCAAGGUGGAAGAACACAAACAGUCGCUCAGUCUCGUUGAUGUUGCAGCACACACUGGCUCAGGAAUUGAGUCGUGCCCGCCAGGGGAAGGCCGAGGAGACUGGAAUUGCCAUCCGACUGCUCCAAGCUAUCUCUGCGCUGCUGAACUCCCCACACAGCAGGGCCUUUGUCUUGUCCAUGCAGAGGAAUUAUGUCAUCUCUUGCCCUUUAAUGAGACAACUUUAUCAGUAUCAGAAAAGCAGGUCCCAAGACUCUGUUGCUGUGUCCCUGUUCUACAACGUUGUGAUGCAGCUACGCACGUGGUUGGAGAAUUCGGCGGCAGAAGAUGGUCCUCUUCAAGCGCUGUUGAAAUCCCUGGCUGCUCAGUGCUCACUGAAGCACAGGACGGGUGACGUGAGAGCUAACUUCAGGCACCUGGCUGAGCAGCUGAGCUAUCGGCAAGACCAGGAGUUGAUCGACUCAGCGGUACAAGCAAUAAGGUCGGCUCUGAAAGCUGGAGAGGCAUACACCGUGGAGCCAGAGUUGAUGGGAAGAGUAUUAAAGGGUUUAAUUGAGAUGCGGUCUCCCUACCUGGAGGAACUGUUGACACUUGUCCUCACUACCUGCCCAGAAGUGGCCACGCAGCAAACAACCAUGGAUCCAGUGGCUUUGAUAACCACACUUCUUCAUCAGGAAGGAGAAGAGUCGGUGGUAAAGAUGGAGGUUGAUGGCAACAGUGUGGAGCUGAUGAAGCAUGUUUCAGCAUCUGGGCUACUAAUUGACUGGUUUGAGUUGCUGGACCCUGAAGUCAUUUCCUGCUGUCCUGAGCAACAGCAGAGGCUCCUGUUUGCUGACCAUAAGACCACAGGUCAGCAAGGAUUGCAGCUACUUUCAUUCCGACCCUACCUUCUGGCUGUUCUCAUUCACCAGUCAAACUGGACAACUCUGCAUCGGUGCAUCAGCAUUCUGUUGAAUAACCAAGGGGGACUUGGGCUUGACCCUACAGCAGCCCUAGAUUUUCUCUGGGCCUGUGCACACAUUCCUAGGAUCUGGCAAGGACGUGACCAAAGAACCCCACAGAAACAUACCAAGGAGUAUGUCCUGUGUUUGAAGAAGUGCGAGCUCAUCAGCCUGGUGGACAUCAUCCUUUUGGAGUCUGAGGCCAAGAUCUGCGUUGGGGCUCACAAUAAGAAACCCGCUGAGGAUGUCACGGGCACCCUCAUCCGAUCUCGAAUUCCCCUGUUGCUCAGCUGUUGCCAUGGCAAUUUGGAUAACAUCAAGAAAGUGACAGAGUAUCUGAUGAGUUGCAUCAAACAAAGGGGUGAAAGCAGUGUGAUGGGCAAGUGUUGUCAGAACCUGUUGCUUCAGAUUUACUUCCAGGUCCCAGAGGUUAUCCGCCACGUCAGUCUCCCAGAGUGCGUGCUAAGCAGUGAAGGCACUGGUGAUGGAAGUACCUGCAAGCUGGAUGCACUAGUGCAUCGGUUGCUCACGUUACUUGCAGACACCAGUGACACAAGGACCUCGGAGAAUCGCACUGCUGAUGCCAACAUGGCCUGCCGAAAGCUGGCAGUGGCACACCCAGUUUUAUUGCUUCGACACUUGCCGAUGAUCGCUGCCCUGUUGCAUGGACGAGUUCACUUGAAUUUCCAGGAGUUCCGUCAGCAGAACCAUUUGACCUUCUUCCUGCACGUUCUGGGGAUCCUGGAGCUGCUACAGCCAUACUUAUUUCAGAGUGAACACCAGGGGGCAAUGCAGGACUGUCUGCUCUCCUUCAUACUGCUCUUGGAGAACUAUGGAAAAUACUCCAGACUGCUUGCUUCCUUCAUCAAUAAGUUUGUGCAUUUUAUUCACAAGUUUAUAGCGUUCAAUGCAACAGCAGCUGUCCCAUUUCUUCAGAAGCAUUCAGAUGUUCUCCAUUAUCUGUCAAGGGAAUACCCAGAGAUGGCCCUGCUUAAGUCUUUGCUGGCUGGUUUAACACUCCCAACUCGGACUGGGCUCAUUGAAGAGAAUGUAGAGGAUGAGGAUGGCGAGGAAGAAACAACAAGCUCGCUCCCACUGGUCAGUUUCUCUGCCACAACACCAUUGACCUCAGCCGAAGUGGCACCGUUUCUUCAAAAGAUUGCAAGGGCACGUGCUCUAGAAGACACUCUGGAAGUCCUGAACGAUAUUGACGAGAUGUCAAAGCGUCGAGUCGAGGUCCUCUCUUUCUUUGCUAAUGAUCUCCAACGUCUGAUGAGUUCCCCUGAGGAACUUUCCCGGAACACUGCAUUUGUCUUGGCUUUGAGGAGUAUCCAGCACGAUCCACGUGUUGCUGCUGACUUUCUCCCAACAUUCAUGUACUGUCUUGGCUGUGGAAAUUAUGACGUGGUGCAGACGGCUCUGAAGUAUCUUCCCGAUUACACACUACUCUGCCAAGAGCAUGCAGGUGUUCUCUUGCACAAGGCCUUUUUGGUUGGGAUGUAUAGCCAGCUCGACACAAGCCCACAGAUUGCAGAAGCAAUGAAGGUUCUACACAUGGAAGCCACGACUUAAAGACUGAGCAUUGUAAAAGUGAUGCCUUACUGCUACAGAAAAAAAAUAUUGAUUGAAGACUUGGCCGAAGUACUUUUAGUACAAUGUCACUUAACCUCUGAUAUCUUCCACGUGAAGAGGUCAAACUAUUCAGGAUAAGGCUGCUCAAGAGUAUUUCCCCAGAACAGAAACUAAUGAGAAUUAGAGGAUUUGAACAUGGAUUUUCCUACAUAACCAUGGUCACUGCACUUCAGUUCAUCAUGUGAGGACCUUUAUGAUGAGGUGGUGCAUAAAAAUGAACUACAGCAAAUCUUUCAGUUUCUCUCUUCCAGUUUUUUCUUGCUGUUGCUCAUGCACACAUUGCAUGACCCUUUGUCCUAUUUUAAUUGAAAUGCCCCCGAAUUAAAUGUCAGGAAAAGCAGAAGUCAUUUUGUGAAACUCUGAGCAGCCAGGAGGUUUGCCAGUCCAACAAGAAACAUGGCACAGAGCUGGAUUCUAACCUCUCAGUGUACCUCAAGGUGAGGCUUGUGGAUUAAAAUGCAUAGCCAGCCAUUUAGCCACUGAACCAUCAUUGUUGUAACCAGGGCUCAAUAGGGUUUAUUUAAAAUGGGAAAAUAAUUGAACUCAAGCCAUCAGAGCUUAUCUGUUCCAUUCGGCUCCUUGGGACAACUCUAUGGACUGGAUGAGAUCUCAUGAAUGCAUGAGGCUGUGUGAUUCAACCAUCAGGACCCACAUGCAUCGUGGUUCCAUGAUGUUCUGUGGAAGCAUUGUACUUUUGUUGAGAAUUUUUUUAAUAUAAAAUCAAUAUUUGACAAAAAAAAUUAUAUGUUUUUAUCUGCUGUUGUGAAAGAAAUUGAGCAGGUAAACUGUCCGAAUAAUCAGCAGGAGAGUUUAUCAGCAACAGGAGGUAA